AUGGAGUAUUCUGAUUCAACAACCGCGGUACUAACAACUGAGUACUUUGCGAUGAUUUUUAUUGCUAAUGUCACCCAUUCUGACAUUGUUAUUUCUCCGGUUACAUCACCGAAUACUACUCAGACGCAGAGAUAUGCCGAUGUUGCUACAAUGGUGUGUGCGGUUAGCGAAGAUAUUUACUACAGAACUGGGAGUGCUAUAGCUCUUUUCGGUGUUAUCUUAAACGGUUUGUUCAUUUAUGUUAUUAGCCGAGCACAGUCAAUGCGAAUAACCGUCAAUGUCUAUAUUGUGAACUUGGCUUUCUGCGACUUCUUACUUUUAAUUACGGUGUUGAUAUAUUACGUUCUCAUUUUGCUUGGGGCCAAUGAUGAUUUGAAUAACAGGGGAUUCGUGUGCUAUAUGUCAGUGUUUCACAACUGUUUGCUAUUCACGUCGCUUUUCACUGUUGUCGUCAUCAGCAUCGAACGAUACAUCGGGAUUUGUCAUCCGCUGAGAUUCCGCAACGUCCUUUCCAAAUCUCGAGUGAUUUCCUUGGUUCUCACAACAUGGAUAAUUGGCCUGGUGUUGAGUAUACCAAGAACUUUUGAAUGUAUAACAACGGGGCACGCGUUGGUGCAGGUGAGAAACGUCGUCUAUCUGCUGUACAUUAUAUUCUUCCCGGUUGCCUUGGCAACGGUCUCCAUAAUGUACAUUCUCACAGCGCGGAGCUUCAGUAAAUUUGUGGGUCAGCUAGAGGAAAGCCAAGGCAUAGACAGGCGUGAUGACGAAAGGCAACUCUGCAUAACGUGUGCCGCGAUUGCCACGUUGUUCUUUCUUUGUCUCGCACCGUCUGUCUACAAGUUUACGCACCAUUUAAUAUAUAACAUCACGGGCGAUAUAAAGGGCGACAUACACACGGUAAUGUGCAUUUACGACUUAGCUCGGUGGAUGCUGCUUAUCAACUCAGUUGUCAAUCCAGUAGUGUACAACUUAAUUAAUUCAACCGGUCGUCAAGCCUUUGUUCAGGCAGUGCGCUGUUCAUCCACGUCUCCGACCUCGUCCAGUGAUGGUGUAAAUAACAGAUCGCCGAACAGGACCUUUGUAUAA